GUAAUUUAUCAAAGCAGGACUCCCCCUGUUUCCUCCCCUGCAGGCAGGAUUCCUGGUCCCUGACCCCAGGAUCUCCGGGAUGAAGCGCGGGGACGAGCCGUGUGUCCGGGAUCUCCAGGGCGCCGAGGAAAGGGAGACCCUGGCUGUCACUUGCACAGCAGGUGCAGGAGCGGAGGAGAAUCCGCAGCAGGAAGGGUGUGUGGGAGCGAACCCACAUGGGAUGCACCAGAGCCCCGAGCAGAGAGAUGCUGGCAGGCCAGGAUGGCAUCAGGGAGACCCCCUAGAGGAGAGACCUGAUGAGUGUGAAGCUUAUGGGAUCCCUGAAAACAUCAUUAUUUGGAAACCACCUACAUGGGAGAGAGACCCUAUAAAUGCCUUGUCUGUGGGAAAUCCUUCAGCCAGAGCUCCCACCUUGUCCAACAUCAACGGAUCCACACGGGGGAGCGACCCUACAACUGCCCCAACUGUGGGAAGAGCUUUAGUCAGAGCUCCCACCUCGCCCAGCACCAGCGCAUCCACACCGGGGAGAGGCCCUACCCAUGCGUUGAAUGUGGGAAGAGCUUCAACCGCAGCCACACGCUGGCCAAGCACGUCCGCACCCACAUGGGCUCGCAGCCCUACAUCUGCCCUGAGUGCGGGAAGAGCUUCAGCCUCAGCUCCCUCCCUCAGCACCUGCGAUCCCACCUGCCGGGGAAGCUGUACACCUGCUCCGAUUGUGGGAAGGACUUCAGCAGCAGCUCCAACCUGGCCCAGCACCAGCGCACCCACACGGGCGAGCGGCCCUACAAAUGCUCGGACUGCGGGAAAGGCUUCAGCCAGAGCUCCAACCUGGUGAAGCACCAGCGCACCCACACGGGGGAGAAGCCUUACAAAUGCACCGAGUGCGGGAAGUGCUUCACCCAGAGCUCCACCCUCAUCCAGCACAAGCGGAUCCACCGGGGCGAGCGCCCCUACAAGUGUCCUGAGUGCGGGAAGAGCUUUGGCCUCAACUCGUCGCUAGGGAAGCACCUGCGCAUCCACACCGGGGAGCGGCCCUACGAGUGCAUGGAGUGCGGGAAGAGCUUCAACCUGAGUGCCAACCUCAUCAGCACCAGAGGAUCCAUCGUGGGGAGCGGCCCUACAAAUGCCCCGAGUGUGGGAAGUGCUUCAAUCUGAAGUCCACCCUGGUCAAACACCUGCGCACCCACACAGGAGAGAGACCCUAUAAAUGCACCCAGUGCGGGAGGAGUUUCAUCGACAGCUCAAAGCUCAGCAAACAUGCCAGGACCCACGUGGCAGAGAAGUCUCCCCAGGAGG